AUGCAGUACCUUCCCCCGCACUUGACGCUGUUGUCGUCUUCCCAAACGACGUCCCAGAUGACAAUCCCAUCAAUGGAUGCCAAUCCUUCCCUCCACCGCCAGUCCAAACGACCGAUCCGUGCCCGCCCAUUUUAUGAAAGCCAUCGUUAUGUCCUCUCAGCUUUCAUCUAUUCCGCUGUUGUGGCAGUUCCGCGGUCAGGAAUUGGGCGUCUCCCCGAACCGCCAGGCCUUCGCUCUCGGGAUUCGUCUCAUGGUGGUAGACUGGGUGGUAUUUCGCUAUUUGACACGAGUUUCGUCCUCCUUGGGAUAAUUCGGACACGUAACGUCGCUCGAUGGACCCGCAUCUUGGAAUUUCUUACUGUGCAGCUUGCCCUCGAUGCGAAGAUCGGAAAGUUAUUCGGUUUGAAUGUUAUCGCUGAAUAUGAGCUACGCUAA